CAUAAGACCAUAUAUAUAUAUACACUAGAUUCAUAACAUCCUCAUCUCAAUAUAAUAUAUUUCAAAUUAAAAUAAAAUGACGAGUAAUGAGCCUAAGUUCCCACCUCAGAGCCAGGACACUCAGCCUGGAAAAGAGCAUCUAAUGGAACCACUCCCACAAGCCAUUCACCCUGACCACAAACCCGCCAACAAACUAAGGGGAAAAGUGGCAUUGGUGACAGGAGGUGACUCAGGGAUAGGAAGAGCAGUGUGUGUAAUAUUUGCAAAAGAGGGUGCAACAGUAGCUUUUACAUACGUGAAGGGUCAAGAGGACAGGGACAAAGAUGAUACUCUGAAGAUGUUGUUAGAGGCCAAGACAAGUGAUGCACAAGAACCAUUGGCAAUUGCUGCUGAUAUUGGAUAUGAUGAGAAUUGCAAACAGGUGGUUGAACUGGUUGUUAAAGAGUAUGGACGCAUUGAUGUUCUUGUGAACAAUGCAGCUGAACAACAUUUGAAAAACUCAAUAGAGGAAAUCACUGAACCACAGCUUGAAAGAGUCUUCAGGACCAACAUCUUUUCACAGUUUUUCUUGGUCAGGCAUGCUCUGAAACACAUGAAAGAAGGGAGCUCAAUCAUCAACUCAAGUUCAGUGAACGCCUACAUAGGAAAAGCAGAAACACUGGACUAUACUUCAACAAAGGGAGGCAUUGUAGCAUUCACUAGGGGUCUUGCACAGCAGUUAGUGAAGAGAGGAAUAAGAGUGAAUGCUGUUGCUCCAGGACCAGUUUGGACGCCAGUACAACCAGCUACAAUGCCUUCUGAGAAGAUACAGAAUUUGGGAUCAGAGGUACCAAUGAAGCGAGCAGGUCAACCUUGUGAGAUUGCACCUUGUUAUUUGUUCUUGGCUUCUCUUCAGGACUCUUCCUACUUUACUGGACAAGUCCUUCAUCCAAAUGGUGGGGUUAUUGUCAAUGCUUAAUUAUGUAUCUUAUGCUCCCUUCAAUAAACUCUCCUUGUUGGAUUAUGUAUCUUUUCUCUUCAAAUACAUUUUGUUCAAAUCCUGUAAUCCUGUAAUUACCACUUUGGUUUAGUCAUAAUUUGUCGGUAAACUUCAAAGUUUUGGAA